CACACAAGCAAAAAUGGUUAAUCAAACUUUAUAUGGUCUCUUUAUUUUUUCACUUUCAAUGCAUUGUUUCAUUGCUUGCUUAGCUUCAGAAGCAGGUAACCAUCAAUUAGCCAAUCAAACUUUCCAAUCAGAAGAAUUGCAUAAGUUGAAGAAAAUGAUAACAAGUCGUCUUAAGCAAAUUAACAAGCCUGCUGUGAAGACAAUUCAAAGUUCGGAUGGCGAUAUUAUAGAUUGCGUUGUGUCUCAUAAACAACCAGCUUUUGAUCAUCCUCUAUUGAAAGGACAAAAACCAUUGGAUCCUUUAGAAAGAUCAAAAGGCAAUAACCAAACCGACAUUUUGAGUGGUAAGUUUCAAUUGUGGAGCUUAUAUGAUGAAUCAUGUCCAGAAGGAACAAUUCCAAUUAGAAGAGCAAAAGAAGAAGACAUAUUAAGAGCUAGCUCUAUUGACACGUUUGGAAGAAAAUUAAGUCAAGUAGCAACGGAUGCCACUGAAUAUAAACAUGUGCAUUCAUAUGGGUCUGUGACUGGAGAUCGAUACUAUGGAGCAAAGGCUACAAUAAAUUUGUGGGCUCCACAUGUAGAAGAUGAAAAUGAAUUCAGCUUGUCUCAAAUAUGGGUCCUCGCCAAUGGAAAUGAGAACACCAUUGAAGCUGGUUGGCAGGUGAGCCACCAGAUCUACGGAGACUAUCUCCCUAGAAUAUUCGUCUAUUGGACGGCCAAUGGAUAUAAAGGAACUGGAUGCUACAAUUUACGUUGUCCAGGCUUUGUUCAAACUAGCAAAACAUUUGCACUUGGAGGUGCACUCUCUCCACCUUCUACGUAUAAUGGACGGCAAAUUGAAAUUACUUUAUUAAUCUAUAAGGAUCAAAAAACUGGGAAUUGGUGGCUUGAAUAUGGAUCUGGAAACAUAAUUGGAUAUUGGCCAUCCUCUUUGUUCACAAGCUUAAAGGAUAGUGCAACUACUGUUGAAUUUGGUGGAGAAGUGUAUAUAAAGUCAACUGGGACACACUCAUCAACCCAAAUGGGUAGUGGACAUUUUGCUGAUGAGGGUUCUUCAAAAGCUUCAUAUUUUAGGGAUAUGCAAGUUGUGAAUUCCGAUAACAAGUUGAUUCCAUUGUCAAAUCUCAAUGUGUUUGCAGAAGAACCAAAAUGUUAUAAUAUAAUAAAAGGGACUAGUAACGAGGGGAAUUACUUUUACUAUGGUGGACCUGGAAAGAAUAUGAAUUGUCCUUAAUGAAAUGAACAAUAGAGAAUUGGAAUUCUAAUGAUAUACAUUGAAAGUCAAGUAUUAUAUAUGAUAAUAAAAUGAAAUAACUGAUCAUUUUCUUUA